CAUUCUGGGCUUCAGUCGUAGGAUAGAAAUCAUAAUUAUUAGCUCCCAUCAUCAACCACUUUUGCUUCCUAUAAACACACCAAAAGCCUGCCCUUAUCAUUAUAAACAAAACCCAGAGAAGUUUCAAAAAUUAUUCACUUUUCCAACCUUUUACAGUUCAGGAAAAUUCACAAUAAGAAGAUGAUUGUAGAUUUGCAGCAGCAUUUCCCAUAAAAUUUCCUUCCUCACUUCCCCAAAUUUGUCGACAAUUUCAUUUACUCACAUUGAAAUCAACCUCACUCUCUUGAAUUGAGAGAAACGGAUAAAGUUUUUUGAGAUAUUUCAAGGUUGAUUUGAAAUUAGGGUUUAUAGUUGAGUAACUAGUGUUUGUAAAUUGCAUUCUUUAAGGAAGAGAUGGCAGAUGUUGUACUACACGUUUAUGAUGUGACCAACAGUGGUUCUGAUAAGACGAACAACACCAUUAUGCAGAUUAAUAAGAUCUUUAAAGAUGGUAUUGGUUUAGGCGGCAUUUUUCACAGUGCUGUUCAGGUUUUUGGAGAAGAGGAAUGGUCUUUUGGAUACUGUGAACAAGGAACUGGAGUUUUCAGCUGUCCUGCUACGAAAAACCCCAUGUAUACAUACCGUGAAAAAAUUGUGUUGGGACAAACAAAUCUUUCUAUCUUCAAGGUUAACCAGAUUUUGAGGGAACUCAGUAGAGAAUGGCCUGGGAUAUCCUAUGAUUUGCUAUCAAGAAAUUGCAACCAUUUUUGUGAUGAGUUAUGUGAAAGGCUUGAUGUUCCAAAACUUCCAGGUUGGGUAAACCGAUUUGCGCAUGCUGGUGACGCUGCAGUUGAAAUAGCAGGAAACACUGCAUAUCGUAUGAAACAAGUGAAGACAGAGAUUGUAUCAGCAAGCAAGGUUGCAUACCGUUUUCUUGCAGGGAUUGGCUCUAACUCGCAAGUAUCUCCUGAUAACCAGAGUUCUAAUAGGAAUUCUACUCGAUUCCAAGUGUCUUGGUUUAAGAAUAUCAUUCCUGCUGGUGAUAAACCUUCCACCAGUUCAGUGCUUGAAGGACCAAAUCAAGAGGUGAUUAGGCAACAAGUUGGAGAUGAAGCAACAGCACCUCUGAGGCAGGAUUCACGUCGCAGUAGUUGAGUACAUGACUUUUCUAUCUGAGAAAACCAUGUAAUUCUCCAUCAAUUUGUUGUGUAACUAUAUAUUUUUGUACAAGUCGCUGCUUUCUCUCUUAUUGUAUUGCCCAUCACUAAAAAAAUGUAUGAAGUAUGCUUCAAUAUUUUAGUUCCUUCAAUUUCUUAUGAAACAUUUUUUUUUACGGUUC